CAGGAAGUAUUUGUUGAGGCGAUUAUAUUAGUUUGCCUCAAACAGAGAAUCAAUCAUAAAGUUACAAAGUUAUGGUUUGUCAUUUCUUUUUCAAGAUCGAUUGUUGUCACCCAAAGAAAAUGUUGGUCGUCCUUAGAGCUAUGGCUUUGCAAAAACAAUGUUAUGGUUGUCAUGUUUUCAUUAACUAACAGGAUCAACGUUUCUUUUUUUGGUAGCCCCCAAAAAAAGAAACGUAUCCAAGACUUCUUAAGUCGACGUUCUUCGUGUAGCUUCAACCUUCCGCCUUUAUAUACCACUAGCCUAACGAAAUUCACGUACGUAUGGUAGCGUCACGAAAAAGAGAAAUGCUACACUUUUUUGUUCAAAAAUUCUUUCUCAAAAACCACACAUGCUCCGCUUCCACAAGUCCCCUACGAGGUUCAUCACCGGGCAACAUUCGCUCUCACCCCGUCAACUACACGCAAGGUCCAGUCGUCGUUGCCGUCCCAAGAGCGAGAACGACGACAAUGACGAGAAGAUUCGAAGAAGACAGGAGAAACCAGAGACGCAUAUGCAUCUAUACAAGAGCAGGGGCCAACACAUCCUCACCAACCCAAGAGUUCUUGACUCCAUUGUCCGAAAAUCCCAUGUAAAGCCCACCGAUACAGUCCUGGAGAUCGGACCCGGUACCGGAAAUCUCACUCUGAGGCUUCUAGAAGCUGCCGAAAAGGUUGUCGCCGUUGAAAUUGAUAGGCGAAUGGUUGAGAUUCUCCACAAACGCGUAGCCGAGCGUGGGUUUCAAGAUCGACUCACUGUUAUUUGCAAAGACGCAUUAAAGACCGAGUUUCCUCAGUUCGAUCUUGUGGUGGCUAACAUCCCGUAUGGGAUAUCUUCGCCUCUCGUGGCUAAAUUAGCAUACGGGGCGAACCCAUUUAGGAGCGCCACGCUUCUCCUUCAGAAAGAGUUUGCACGGAGACUGUUGGCUAAUCCUGGUGACUCAGAGUUCAACCGCUUGGCGGUAAAUGUGAAGCUGGUGGCUGAUGUAGAGCUCGUCAUGGACGUCAGCAAAAGGGACUUUGUUCCUUGUCCAAAGGUUGACUCCUCCGUGGUUAUUAUCCGUCCCAAAGCUGAAGUUCCUGAUGUGAAUCUGGACGAGUGGUGGGCUUUCACGAGAACCUGUUUUAGUAAGAAAAAUAAGACGUUGGGCGCUACAUUUAAGCAGAAGAGGAAGGUAUUGGAUUUGUUGAGGAUCUCCAGAACCUCUUGCUCAAAUGGUGAAAGUACCUCCAAUGACAGCAAUUAUGAUUGCAGCAAUGAUGCUGCUGCUGCUGAUAAUGAUGAAGAAGGAGUGGACAGCGAUGAAGAAGACAUGCCGAUGAGUACUGUGUUCAGGAAGAAGAUCCUAGGAGUUCUAAACUCAGGUGGUUUUGAAGAUAAGAGGCCUUCAAAGCUGUCUAAUGAGGAGUUACAGCAUUUACUCGCAUUAUUUAAUCAAGCUGGAAUAUAUUUUCAUGAUCACUCAAAGUCUAGGGAUGCAGACAAUGUAAAACUUGCUGCAGCUUUGAGUUCAUAGCAAUGUCACCUUCUCAUUCUAUUAUUUAGUCAUUUUCUGUUCUACUGUUCUCCCUUGCAGGUUUGGUAACCGUAAGAAAAAAACACAUGCUUUUGGUAUGUGGACGGGAUUAGGGAACUAAACAUGUUGAUAAAAAGAGCAAAAAACAUAUACAUAUGAAACGUGUCGGGUAUGACCAGCUUUACAUCUU